AUGGGCUCUAUCGAAAUCCCUAACUGCUCCGGCUCGAUCGUCUACAAGACGAUAUCCGACUUUAUCGAUUUCCCCAACCAUGAACAGAAGCUAUGGUGGCAUAGCACGGCACCAAUGUUUGCUGAGAUGCUCAGGGUUGCCGGAUAUGACCUUCACUCUCAGUACAAAAUUUUGGGUAUUUUCCUCAACCACGUCAUCCCAUUCCUAGGAGUCUACCCAACACGGAUAAACAACCGAUGGCUGAGCAUUCUAACUCGAUAUGGAACCCCGUUCGAGCUGAGCUUAAACUGCUCACAGUCACUGGUACGAUAUACCUACGAACCAAUCAACUCAGCGACUGGCACAGUUAAGGAUCCUUUUAACACUCAUUCCAUAUGGGAUGCCCUCGACCGGUUGAUGCCACUGCAGAAGGGUAUUGAUCUUGAAUUUUUCAAGCAUCUGAAGCAGGAUCUCACAGUCGAUGACCAGGACUCAGCUUAUCUUUUGGAAAACAACCUUGUUGGAGGCCAGAUCCGAACCCAGAACAAGCUGGCCCUUGACCUGAAAGGGGGAAACUUUGUGUUGAAGACAUACAUCUACCCUGCUCUCAAGGCUCUUGCCACUGGAAAAUCGAUCAAGACCUUAAUGUUUGACUCUGUUUAUCGUCUGUGCAGACAGAACCCAUCCCUGGAAGCUCCUCUACGCGCUCUUGAGGAUCCCGUGUCAAGAUCUAUAUAUUGGAACUGA